AAUCACGUGACUUCCGGUUAACCAUAAACAUAAUUAUUUUAGAACAAAACAUAGUAGUAUUUAGUUAGUUUUAAAUUAUAUCUUUAUGAAAUUCGUGUAAAGUAUACCAACUACAUUUGUCACAGUGGAGGUUUCUUGUAAUUUCACCAUGCCUACACAGGUUGUAUCUGAGGAAGCCAUUCGUAUGAAAGUUGGUUAUAAUGGUGACAUCCUGGUAACCUCCAUCAAGAAUGAAGUCACAUUUGAAGACUUUUCUUUGGAGAUCAAAGCAAUUUGCAAUUUUGAUGACAAUCAGCCAUUCACAGUGAAAUGGUUAGACGAAGAAGGAGAUCCAUGCACAAUUUCCUCUCAGAUUGAGCUAAAUGAAGCAAUUCGCCUGUAUGACAUCAACAAAGACUCGGAAAUGAUGCUGCAUGUGUUUCCCAAUGUACCUGAACGACCGGGUAUGCCAUGUGCUGGAGAGGACCGUAACAUGUACAGACGUGGUGCCAGGCGAUGGCGAAAACUUUACCAUGUGAAUGGUCACAUGUUCCAAGCUAAACGUUUCUCAAGGAAAGCAUUCUGUGCGCUGUGUGCUGACCGUAUCUGGGGACUUGGUCGUCAGGGUUUCAAGUGUAUCCAGUGUAAGCUGUUGGUUCACAAACGCUGUCACAAGCUGGUGAAGAAACCAUGUGAGGGUAUUGCUGAACCGGUAGAAGGUCCAUCAGAUUAUGAAAGUGAUGUCGGAAGUAAUCAGUCACAGAAUGGAGAUUCUCUUAUGAACAAUUCUUCAGGUGCUAAGGCUGCUACUGGUCCUGCUUAUAGUGUUGAAUAUGGCAAGGAGACAGUUAAAGUUGAGCCUUCCUCAAACAGUGAUGGACAGAACAUAGGAAUGGAUGAUUUUGUUCUGCUGCGUGUCAUUGGCCGAGGGAGUUAUGCUAAAGUUUUGCAAGUGGAACACAAAAGGACAAAACGAAUCUAUGCCAUGAAAGUUAUUAAAAAGGAGUUGGUCAAUGAUGAUGAGGACAUUGACUGGGUACAGACAGAGAAGCAUGUAUUUGAGACAGCUACUAACUAUCCAUUCCUUGUUGGACUGCAUUCCUGUUUUCAGACUCCAAGCAGACUGUUUUUUGUAAUUGAGUUUGUCAAUGGGGGUGACUUGAUGUUUCAUAUGCAAAGACAGAGACGAUUACCUGAGGACCACGCACGGUUUUACGCUGCAGAAAUAUGCCUAGGAUUGAAUUUCCUUCACGAAAGAGGUAUUGUGUACCGUGACCUCAAGCUGGACAAUGUCUUGCUGGAUGGUGAAGGUCACAUCAAGCUCACAGAUUACGGAAUGUGCAAGGAAGGCUUGUUGCCAGGUGAUAAAACCAACACCUUCUGUGGUACACCGAAUUACAUCGCUCCAGAAGUUCUUAGAGGGGAGGACUAUGAUUUUGGAGUUGACUGGUGGGCAUUGGGAGUUCUCAUGUUUGAGAUGCUGGCUGGCCGAUCCCCAUUUGACGUCGUCGGAAAUGCAGAAAACCCUGAUCAAAAUACGGAGGAUUAUUUAUUUCAGAUUAUCCUGGAGAAGACCAUUCGUAUUCCACGAUCGCUGUCUGUCAAAGCAGCAUCCAUCUUGAAAGGUUUUCUGAACAAGUAUCCCAAAGAGCGUUUGGGUUGUCACCCACAAACUGGAUUUGCUGAUAUACAGUCCCAUCCUUUCUUCCGAGUAAUUGACUGGGAACUGAUAGCACAGAAACAGAUGACUCCUCCAUACAAGCCUGUCAUCAAGUCUGACCGGGAUCUGGAUCAUUUCGACCCAGCAUUUACCAAUGAACCAGUUGAACUGACCCCAGAUGACCCAAAAGUCAUAGACAAGAUUGAUCAGUCUGAAUUUGAUGGCUUCGUUUACGUGAAUCCACUUCUGAUGUCCAUGGAGGACUGUGUGUGAUACAACUAGCAAUUGUUAAACAAGAAGCAAAAAAAGAAGUAACAGUGACAGACAAAGCUGAUAAUACCUAGUCGUAAUGAAGAACAUUACUCAAACAUGCAUUUCCAGUUGUCUGGCCACCAUACUCAAGACAUAACUGAAUGUUUUUUUUAAAUAAAGACCUCCCUGUAAUAA